AUGCAUUAUGAUCUAAAAAGUAUUGCAGAGAAAAAUUUCGACGCUCACGAAAAGAUGUUAGACGCUGUGGAAUUUAGCACAGACAAAAGCACCACGAAUGGUAUAUCAUUAUUUGAGCUUAUUGAAGAUAUACUGGAUAACAAACCUUACAAUCUAUCCAGCACUUUGUAUGGGAAAUAUGUGCCACGCAAACGAACUAAGCACAAAAGAGUGACACAUGUUCCACGAACUCAGACGUCUACAACAGAGACAAUUUUGGAAAAGUCCACUAAGCCACAGCCUGUAUUCGCUGACAGCAAUGAAUUUAUGGAAUUCAUUCAAGACUUUAUAAAGAAAAUUGACCAGCUUAGUGAAAACGAUUUCUCCAGACCUCCCCCAGAUGUGAUACAACCAGAAGAAGAUGAUGAUGAUGAUCUUGAGUUCUGGGAUCCACCACCGGUCCUGGAAUUAGAUUUCGUCAACGACACCGAGAGUAGGAGGAUAUAUAAAGGCAAACGGAGUACAGUUAAGAGUUACCCGUUUCUUGUGAGCAUCCAUCUGAUGGGGACCUUCGCUUGUGCCGGCUCUAUUCUCACCAAGGACCUGGUCAUCAGUGCAGCGUCCUGCUUACAAUUGCUUUACAAUAACAGAUUCUAUAGAGAGAAUCCAAGCGGUGUAACCGUUCGUGUCGGCAGUGAUUACUUCAGCAGAGGAGGAGAGAUCAUAAAAGUAAUGGAGGCGUACUUUCACCCUGCUUACAACCCUAAGACCUUGGCCAACAAUCUUGUAAUGUUACGGUUGUAUAAACAUAUAAGAUUUUUGAGACGGGAGAAGAAAGUGAAGAGAAUUAAAUACGACAGGAUUCCAGCGAAUUUAGCGACGAACACUGAUGGUAUUAUAGUCGUUGGAUGGGGUGCUAGGAAGAAAGAUGUCGGUGGUCCUGGGGUUGUAGGUGGAACGCUGGUCGGAGUUAUAAGCUUUGGUGCGCCUGUGUGCGGAGCCGUGGACUCCCCUACUGUCUUCACGAAACUUGGCUACUAUGGGAAAUGGAUCAAGAGCAUUAUUAAGACGAGAUCUGGUAUACAGCCAUUACAAGUGCGAACUAUAAUUCGGCCACUCAAACAUUUAACAAGGCCGCCUAUCCUGAAAGCGAAACCAACGAUUAUUCCAAGAUAUGUACCUUCUUCUGAAGAAGCCCACAAUCUUGCCGAGCGUGCUGGAGGCAUACCAGAGCUGAGUGAUAUCGUUUCCUUGCCAGACAUUUUGUAUGAAGAUAUGCCCGAAGAAGACGUUGUUGACAUGUUCAGCACUACAAAAAGAAUUAAGUAUCUGGAACAUCCGUUAGUGAACAAAAGCUUUAUUCCUCUAUCUUGGAUUUUUACUCCGAAAACUUCAACGAAGUAUGUCACGAUUCCCUUGUCGACUUCACCCACAAAGCCACAUCACAUGACUGAGCUGGAACAGCCGCAAACUGAAACUGUUACAGAACGGACCGUUACUACUACUAUUGGCUCUAUCACUGACUUCAUCUUGCUAUCUUAUGAACGGACUAAAGACGCCAACUAUGACGAGGCGAUACCUACAAAAGCGACAAAGAAAACAGCGCGCCAACGGGCGCUUCUGCAAAAUCACAAGCGAAGCAAACAGAUUGGAUAUAGUCGUCCACCAGGUCGUGGGCUAUUUGGUGACAUUCAUAAUUAUUAUUUAAUGCAUCCGAAAUAA